GUGGAACCGGCCGGCGAAGCGGCCACAGCACGAGACAUCGACGUCGUGUCCACCACCCAAAAGACGCCGUCGCAGUCUGGCGGACGGCCUGCCGGGUCAACCUGUUCGUCAAAGGGACCAAAACGCCGGCAGCGCGAAGAAUCGCGUGCAGGACUCGACAAACUACAUCGUGGAGCUUGGUUUGGUCCGUUUGUAUCCGUAUUGCGAACACGAUUCCCCUGUUCCAACACCGCCCCGACCCGCACCGUCGUCGCUCUUCCUCAGGAUAUGCUCAUACCAAACAGCCAUCUCGGACAUGCUGCGAAGCUGGGCACCAUCCACCCGAAUCUUGGCUUUGGUCCUGGUGGGGGGGACCUUGUGUGCCCUCAUCAUCUCAAUCGUUGUUGUCUUUGUUUGUCAUGCCGAGGUCAGGACUCAGGUCCCCCUUGAUGCCGCGAACCGCACGAUGAAUAUCCAUCUCGGUUACGCCUCCAUUCCCCGGGCCAUCCUCCUAGAUGAUAGGCCGUUAUAUGAAAACCUAGUUGGGUUUGCUUACGAUUCAACAGUGCCCUUGAUGCCUCCGUCCACCGACACACUCAUCUCCCCUCCUGACCCGUCCCUGUCUCUGAGCUCCACAGGCGACUUCGUCCCAGAGAAGCUGUUCUUAUGGGACGUUGAGAGUGUGCUACGUUACUUGCGGUCAGAACUCACAACGAUUGAUCUCAACGGACUUCUCCUAAUCCAUCCUGAUACGUCUGCUGACGAGAUACCUUCCCCCAACCUCAACGAUGACGACGACGACGACGCGACAUGGAUGGACACAAAGGCAUCCGGCUCCCGCCACCAAUCUCAAAACCGGAAGCGACUUGACAAACUGUUCGACCGAGCCGCCGAUGCUUUAACGUAAAAGGUCUCCUCUAUAAAGGAAUAUAAGUCUAUAUACCUUAAAAAAAGAGAAUAAGAAGAAGGAUCCUAGAAGACUACUAUAACGUAGAGUAUAUAGGAUAUCUAGGCGUUAGCUAUAUAAUAUAGCUACUAUAAAGAAG